UUACCCAUACCAAGGAUCUUGUUCUUAGUGUUUCAUUUAUUCAGAAAAAUGAUGUAGAAGAGCAAGCAAACUCCCAUGUCAAUAGAGAAGAGGUUUGUAAGCAGGGUCAACCUCGUCAUAUCCUAAAAAUGAGAGAGGAUGUUGAAAUAUCCCGGUGAGAGUUUAACUCCUGCUUCAAAGAGUGGCUGCUUGUCUUUGAGGAGAAAGAAGACUGCAACCAUAGGAGACUAAGUGAAAGCUAAGAAUCCAAUUAAACAUCAAUAACAUGGACAGAGUUUGACUAAAGGAACUUUGCUACAGUGAGAACAAUUGGCACAAGCUGUGUUUUUUGAGUCAGCAGUAGUUAAAUUUUCCAGCAAGCCCUACAUGAAAGAAAGUGUAAAGGGUGAUUACGGAUUUCCAGUCAGUGACCUCGCCUUUGAGUGGGACAGACAACACAUCUGAGGUUUCUACGAAGCAGUGCAGUGACAGCUGAAGUUUCUUUCAAAAAGUCAUCUGAAGGGCUAUCUCAGACGUGGUCCAGUAUCUUAAUUCUUCUCAGCUCAGAAGACAAAUCACCUCAAAUUUCUCAAUUUUCUGAGUUUGUGACAAUGACAACUUAUUUUGGAGUUACCUCAGCGGUGUUAUCAGUCUGGAUUAUGACAUUCAUGGCUCAAAAUUACUGUAUAACAGGUUCCACGCUUUCACCUUGCAGGAUCACAGGUGUAGGACUGUAUCUUGACGAGAAAGUGAAUUUUUCAGAAGCAAGUAAUGUGUGCAGUCGACUGAAUCUACAACUGGCAAGUAAAGAACAGGUUGAGAAGGCUUUGAAAAAUGGCUUUGAAACAUGCAGUUCUGGAUGGAUAAAAGAUGGAUUGGUUGCCAUUCCUCGUAUAACAUCCAAUAAGAAAUGUGGUCGGGGCAGCGUUGGACUAGUGAACUGGCGUGCUAAUCAAGCUUCUAAAUUUGCAGUUUACUGCUUCAAUUCUUCAGAUGUUCAAAUUAAUUCAUGUAAACCAGACCCAACUACAACCAUACUACCAUCAAGUGUACCAACAGAAUUAACUGCGUAUUCAGGUUCAGAUUUGACUGGGAACACCACAGCAGUGCCCACUGCAACUGAACCAGAACAAACCCCGAAAAACAUGAGAUUUCGGAUAAUAUGUAUAACUGAAACUAUAUUACCAACAGAGGGGACUACUACAACAAUGCCAGAGGAAUACCACACUUACCCUGCUGCAUUUAGGAAUGAUGGUGUUGUCUUUGGAGGUAUCCCCACUGCACUCCUUGUGCUGGCAGUCAUCUUCUUCAUUAUUUCAGUUCUUCUAGCAGUCUGCUACAUCAAAAAGUACAAGAAAUCCUUCCCAUUUUCAAACAAGAAUCAGAAAAAAAUGGUUGAAGCUACGACUCUCAAAGAGACUGCAUCAAAUGACAAAACAUUUGAGAAGGAAACAAAGAAUAAUGAAAAAAAGGCAGAAGAGGCCAAAGCCAAGCCUGAAACCACAGUAAAAUGUCUAGAAGUGGAAGUUUAAGGUCAGCAGAAGAGGGAGGAGAAACGUACAGUUCUUUUUAGAAAUAUAUAAAACAAAGCACAUAACUUAGCAAUGCUUUUAAAUGCGGGUGACUGUAAAUAGUCAUGAAUUUUUUUUUCUCAUCUUAACAUAUGAAA